AUGACUGAUUACUCAUCAUGGAAAGUGCCUGAGUUGAAGGCCGAGCUCAAGAAACGUGCCGUCCCUCAAACUGGGCUUCGUCUCAAACAGCAGUUCAUCGACAAAUUACUCGAGCUUGACUCACAGACAGAUCAGGGCGAGAGCAGCGAGACUGCAGCUCCGGAAGAGACCGCCGACGCACAGCCUUCUGCACCGGAACCUGCGGCGCAAGCUCCAGAGCCCGAGACAGAGCAACCCCAGAUCGAACAGCCCGAACAACCCGAACAACCCGAACAACUCGAACAACUCGAAAAGCAUGAACAGCCCGAGGAACCAGAGAAACCAAUCACAGAGAAAAACCACACACAGGCUUCAAUUGAUGUAUCUGACAAGGCCUACGAAGAGACGAAGGGAGACGAGCCGGCACAACCAGAGACCCCAGCCGAAUCGCAAAAAGUCGAAGAUGUCGUAAAGCCUAUAAAUGAAGCCCAAAACGAACAGCUUGCCUCUCCCAGCCAUGGAAAAGAGAUCCCAGACGCCUCUGAGCAGAUGCAAGUCGACGAACCACCCCAGGCGCCCCAGGACGCAAGCAAAGAAGACUCUGCGAAAGUCGAAGAAAAGUCAACCCUGUCGGCUGCCCAAACAUCAGAAGCCAAUACUGGAGUAUCAACCCCACUUCCAGCUGAAGAGGCUUUGGAAGAUACACGCAAACGCAAACGGCGCAGCCAAAGCCCCGCUCCCUCACAGGAAGAGAUUGCGAAUCGAAAGGCUCGCGCGCUGGAGGAAACCCCACAUGUUUUGAUGAAAGAAGAACAAGAGACAACUUCUCGUGAUGACGUCAAACCACUCUCAGACCGUGAGACCAAACGACCAAAUGAGGCUUCUGCAGAGGCCCAAACAGCCCACACCAAGCCAAGCGCUCGCUUCCGGGAUCUAUUUGCACCUUCCGAUGCCGUUAUUCCACCCCCCUCUGGCUCCGAAGACGUCAAGAUGGAGGAUGUUGACGUGGAACCUGCAAGACACGCUGCUACCGCUGCCCUCUACAUAGAAGGCUUGAUGCGCCCACUGCAGCCAGUCGCGCUCCGCAAACACCUCGCCAGCCUUGCAUCUGCCCCGGGCGCUUCGGAUUCGGAUUCCAUCGUUGAUUUCUAUCUCGACUCUAUCAAAACCCAUUGCUUUGUCAGUUUCACCAGCGUUGCCGCAGCCUCGCGGGUCCGGUCUGCUGUCCAUGGGACCGUAUGGCCCAACGAGCGCAACCGCAAGAGCCUCUGGGCAGACUUCAUCCCAGACGACCAGAUCAAGGAAUGGAUCCAGACAGAGGAGGCAUCCCGGGAUCGCGCUGGCCCUGCUCCUCGCUGGGAAGUGACAUACGAAACCACCGAUGACGGAACUACAGCUUCCCUGGUCGAGGCGGGUGCGAAACAGCGUCCGGCUCCUAGUCAACGGGACCCUGGCUUCAAUCGUACUCCUCCCCUAGGUCCGCGCAGCAGUCUCCCGCAGAUUGAUCGCCGUCCUUCUGAUGCCCCUGCGGCACCGUCCGCACGCCCCGGACAAGGCUUUAAGCCUUUGGACGAAAGAUUCAAGUCGACUACUGCCAAGCCCAAGCUCUACUACUUACCUGUUCCCCGCCCUAUUGCUGACAAGCGCCUGGACCGGUUUGAUGAUCUUAUUGAGAAAGGCACAUUCCCCCGCCGUGGCGGCGAUGAGAUGCGACGCAUCACUUUUGAAGAUGACGACAAAUUUGUGGACAUCGGCCCCGAAAGGUUUGGUGCCCCUGGCCCCCGACCUGGCAUGGGAGGUGGUCGUGGACGCGGUGGCCGUGGUGGCCGUGGUCGUGGACGUGGGGACUCCUGGCGUGCCUGA